AGGCACAUACUCAAAAUUCUAUAAUAUGAUCUCUACACGUCAAUUUUAUGUAGCUGCAGAUCUAAAUAUCUACCGACAGAACAAGAGUUGUUUUCACUAAAAUGAAGUGACUGAUCUUCUUUUGGUGCUGGAUAAUUAAGUUGAUUUCUCAUAGAACUUUCAUCAAUCUGCACAACAUAUAAGACAAGGAAAAGGCAAUUCACAACUCUACAAAAACAAAGAAUGGUGAUUACAAUGUGUACAUAUGUAGAAAAAGGUUUUUUUUUAUGCAUAAAAAGCCUGCCCGAGUUCACAAUCUUACGUCAAUGAUUCUUCUCCUCUACUCACUCUUGCUAAUUUUCUAAUACCAAAUGCUCCAUCUCUUGACUCUUAUACCUGCAAAAUAUAAUCAGAAUUAAAUGACUAACUUUUUUUUUAAUACUACUUGAAACUAUCUUGAACUCAAAUCUAAACUAAUUUACUAACCUUUGAGUCUUUGGACAUAUUGUUUCCAUUGGACAAAACUUGAAUACUUUCAAUCAAAGAUCUGUUUCGGUUAGGUUUCUCAGUUAAAAAUUGUGGUUUAACUAAUAAAUUUAUUUGAACAAUGGGCUCAUAACUUCAUUCAGAAUAUAAAAUUGAAAAUUUCAUAAAUAAUUGAGUCUCAAUAGAUACUUGAUGCGUGCUUCUACUAAACGCCUAUAAAUACACUGCAUGGGCUCAUAACUUCAUUCACCACCUUUUCUAUUCGCACGCUCGCUCGCUCUCUUAUUACUUUUUUCAUCCUCCCUCGAAUCUUCUUACGAGAAAACCGCCACGCAGCAGAGAAGGAAGAUGGAGAAGGAGAAGAAGAUGAUCGUGUUGAAGAGCUCCGACGAUGAAUCCUUUGAAGUCGAUGAAGCGGUCGUACUCCAAUCUCAGUUCUUGUCGCAUGUUGUUGAAGAUUGCACCGCUCCUGAACACAAGAUUGAGAAUGUCACCGGCAAGAUCCUCGCGUUGGUGGUCGAAUACUGCAAGAACCACGUCGCCGUCGUCGACGGUGGUGCCAAUUCUUCUUCCGCCGCCUCCGCUGAUGCUCUCAAGAAGUGGGACGAUAAGUUCAUCAAGCAAAUGGAUCUGUCCACGGUCUAUGACCUCAUCACGGCUGCGAACUACCUAAACAUCAAAGGACUUCUUGAUCUCACUUGCCAGGGAGUCGCUGACGUGAUCGCGGCAUGCAAAGACCACGCGGAGAUUCGCGCAACGUUGGGCAUCGUGAGUGACUAUACAGCAGAGGAGGAAGCAGAGGUUCUCAAGGAGAACGAGUGGGCUUUUGAUUGAUGAAUGAGUGAGCGGGUUAAUCUAAACCCUAGCUACUCUUUCUUUUCGAAUCUUUGUGUUUACGGAUCUUUAAAUCGAUAAUAGUUGAACAUGGCUUUCUUGUUUCGAUUUUGUGAAUAUGAACAGUGUUCUUGAUCGUAUAUUAGAUGAACAGAAGUCUUAUAAAGCAAGAUGUUGUUGAUCGUA